GCUACUCUACUGGAAUUUGGAAUAAUGAGUUUCUCUGGUAGCAAGAAGAGCAAGAUUAUAGUUUACCCAGAGACACGGUUACUUUCACUGCCAAGUAAGGGCAAUUUUUUUGAUCCUAACGUACUGGAGAUGAAAAAAAUUAAGAAAGUGAGGCGGAGGAUGACUCAGCGCUAUGGACGGCACCGCUUCAUUGCUUUCCUGCAGGGAAUAUACAGCUGUCACUGGAAACGCCACCAGUGGGUGCACCUGGAGGAUGGUACCCAGCCUUGCUGUGUAACGGGAGAUCAGAUCUUUUUCCCCUUCUUGGUGGCGGCCUUGUGCAUGUCACUCAUAUUUCUGUACAUGUGGCUGGAAGCGAGGAACGACUAUGCCAGCUUUGACGAGUUUGUUUACCAGUUCACAAAUAGUUGGUUUUUCUGGUCCUUCUUUCUGGUGAUUACAGCCUCAAUCAUGUUCAGUUACAUCAUUCUGCUUAUGAUCAUAGGGAUAUGUUUGCUGACAUAUGGGCAGCAGCUACACCUGCAUUGGUGCAAUAAGAUUGGGGUCCUGCUGGUCUUGAGCAUAGGCAUCUUUGGUUUUCUGUCCAUAAAUCCAGUUUAUGAAGAAAAAUGGAGAGCUGCUGAGGUGUCACUACAGGUAACUGUUCCCUACAUACAUUUCUUUGGAAUAUGUGUGAUGGUGUUAUUCUCAUGGCCCAUAGCCAUCUAUUUUGCUAAGCUGAAUAAAACAGCGUUGGUUCUCAUGAAGGAGGAGUACAACGAUCAGCAAGAAGUCCCUGUUGAGUCUAGGAAAAUAAUGAAGAUUAGAGCCAAUCAGUUCGUCAGUGUUAUUUCCUUCCUGGUCGUUCUUCUCAUUAUAUACACCAUACCCCUAGGGAUGCAAUCUCCCUGUCUCCGAGAAAACAAGACCCUGGGACCCAAACCAACUUUCAUUGGGCACAGAGGCGCACCAAUGCUGGCACCAGAGAAUACUCAGAUGGCCUUUGAGAAAGCUAUUGAACAUGGUGCCACAGGGCUGGAGACUGAUGUCACCCUCAGUUAUGAUGGUGUUCCUUUCCUCAUGCAUGACCCCACCCUGAGGAGAACAACCAAUAUCCAUGAGAUCUUGCCGGAUUUCACUGACAUGCCUGCCGCUAUGUUCACUUGGCAAACCCUGGAAACCCUGAACUCAGGCCAAUGGUUCUUCAAGGCUAAACCAUAUAGAAACACGGCGCCACUGACAAAAGAAGAAGAAAAGAUGGCAAAAAAUCAGUCAAUUAUGAAGCUAAGCAAUUUCUUGAGGCUUGCAAACAAAGAAAAUAAAUUGGUGAUAUUUGAUCUGUACCGGCCCCCAAGGAAACAUCCUUACAGAGAUACAUGGAUAAUGAAAGUGUUAGACGUGAUGAUGAAUGAAGUUGGGAUUAAAAGCCAUCUGGUUCUUUGGUUACCAGGGCAGUUCAGGGCAGAUGUUCAAAUGAUAGCUCCGGAUUACAUACAAGUGCUGGGAAAGAAGCUGCCUCUUCCUGACCUUUUGAGAAUGGGAAUUAAAGGAUUGAACCUUGCUUACAAGGAUAUGAACAGGAAUGAUGUCAAAGAAUAUGAGAAAUAUGGCAUCUUCACCAAUAUCUACGUCGUCAAUGAGCCCUGGCUGUACUCCCUGGCUUGGUGUGCUGGGGUUCAUUCAGUCACUACUAAUACCAUCCAAAUACUGAAGAAGAUUAAACGCCCAUACUUCUUAAUGACACCGAAUGAGUACAUGAAGAUGUGGAUACUGCUGGACUUCCUUUCUGCCUUCAUCAUUACAAUUGUAUUUUUUUUCCACUGGUGGAGAGAGAAAGGAUGGUGUGAAUUGAUUAAGAAAAAGAAAAGCCCAGUAUUUCCAAUGUCCGGGGUCACAAACAUCGAAGAAAAUAUAGAGGAGGUCCAAAAACAAAAUAAAGAUAAUGAAAGUCAGGAAGAAAUUCAAGUAUCACCGAGUCCCUCUGAUAAAAACACAGGAGAUUAUUGGGAUUCCUUCUUAGAAAUGAAAUCUCAAAACGUGAAAAUGACAAGGAGUUUGAGCACAGAGAGCGUUAUAGGAUCAAAUGAUGAUGACUUGCAAGGAAAUACGUUUCCUACAAACAUAAGCAAAGAUACUGGGAAAGGAUCAGAUGAAGAAGAAGUACUAGAGAUGUAAUUUUUCCUUUGAGGAUUGCUUUAGCUGCAUCUCAGAAAUUUUGCCUUGUCCAGCCUCACGUUAGGGGACUCCAACAUUGACACAUGCAGUGAAAAGUUUCCCAAGCCUUCUGUCCUGUCCAAGUUCUGCUGUAUCUGCUGAGUCCAGGAUCAUGGCCCGAGAAGAUUGCCUAGACUCUAUCACCCCUUCUGCCUGUGGACAUUAAUCAGCCUCUCUCCACCUCCUCUUCCAUCCAUCUCUCUGAAUCCGAUGGUACUUAUAAGAGGAGGGAGGGAGGAAACUGAAGGCCAAUCUAAGAUGGUUUCCUAAAAGUACAUCUGCUUUGGCCUGGAGUAAGAAGGACUAGGCUGACCUCAACUCUGGAGUCCCAUUCUUUUGCACUACAUCCCCAGAAAACCCCAAAGGGACAAAGGCAAGGACUUCCCUUCCACCUAUCACCUGAGCAGAGCAGCAAGCUACUGUGGGACCUGGUUUGAUGCAAACCAAGCACGGGAGGGGGGAAGGUAGGUUUGACCCGACCUACUAUCCCUACUACCUCCUGACAUCCCAGGGUGGCAAAACCAGCUUUGGGGGUGAGGUAUGGAUACCUUAGAAGUUCCCUUCUGGUCACUUCUGGGGUGGGAGAUAUCCAGGAAAGCUGAGACAAAUAAGACCUUCACAGAAAAGGCUAAGUACUACUUCUUCACCAUGUCCUACAGAGGCUCAGGAUAAUUUACAUCGGCCACUGAGACCCAUCUGCCAGGAUGAUCAAUGAGGCCCCAUGUGGACACCAUCAGUGGGGACUCUUGACAUCAUAAUUUGUAUUCUUACUGUAGGGAUAGAAUAGGCUUAUCUCCUGCCCCUCCUCAUCUCUAGCAAAUAACUUCUGGAGGUCAGGCUUCGGUUAACAUCAACGCUUCAAUAAAGGAGACAACGAACCUCUUGUGAAGCCUUCAAAGGC